AUGUAUGCAUCAGACCCUGCUGGCGCGUCCAAUGCCUUGGUAUAUGGGAACGUUGCUGUGAUGUUUCUUUUUCAAGGAUUUUACUCCAUGGCGUGGACGCCGCUCUUGUAUCUCUACCCGUCAGAGGUCAUGAACUAUACCAUUCGUGCGAAUGGCGUUGCUCUUUCAUCAUUUUCUUUGAAUGCAUUUGCUCUCAUCUUCACAUUCAUCAUGCCAAUUGAAUUGGGUAACAUCGGAUGGAAGAUGUACAUUAUUAAUGCAUCUUGGGAUAUCAUUGUAUUGGUCCUCAUUGCUAUUUAUUGGGUUGAAACUAAAGGCAAGACAUUGGAAGAAAUUGACGCCUUAUUCGAGGGUGAAAAGCAUUCAUCAGUCCCUGAUAUUGAGGUUAUUCGCAAAGGAAAGAAAGAAAUCAACACAGAAGCUAUUGAGGAGCAACUCACGACGGAACUGCAUCAAAAUAAAUGA